UUAAUAGAUUUUUGAGAAUUAGUCCCAUUAUAGUUUCUAAAUCAGAAUUUCACACUACUUGGCUAAAUCACGAAAAGGUGCCCAUGACACGCGACUCCACUUAACAUGUCAGUUUGUCCCGACAUAUUAAUAGUCAUGCUUAGUUGGGAAACAAUCUAUGUGACAGUCGCGAUCGAGCCAAGAACGUCAAUACUCUACAAAGCAGUCUAAGACGAGUUCAACCUUUCCUAACAUGUUGAAGAGAUUCUGUUUAAUGCUAUUAAUGUCCACGGCAUUAAUUCUGUUCCUUAGCGAUUCCUUUCCUUCGAAARAGCCUAUCUUUUCACCAUCAAAUACUCAUGUGAGUCAAACGCCUCUAAUGAACAAAACCAAAGUGAUUUUACUCUACACGGACUUUUUUAAAGGUCGAUGGUAUUUGCGCUGGAAUCAUCAUUAUUACCCAUGUAGGUACCGCCGAUGUAGAUUCACUUACAGAAAAAGUGAAAUCAACACUGCCGAUGCUGUGGGUUUUCACGAUGCGGACCUGCCAAGAACAUUUCCUCAGAGAACAAAAUCAAAUCAAAUAUGGUUUUAUUUCAGCCUUGAAAGUCCCSUUAACUCAUAUGCACAGGACUACCGUAAUAUCUUUAACUGGACCAUGAGUUAUAGAAGAGAUUCCGAUAUCUACGCACCUUAUGGGGACUUUACAUCACUCGACUGCUACGAACAUCAGCUCGCGGAAAACCUGUAUUCCAAGCGAAAUUUUUCUCAGGAAAAAACAAAAAUGGUUGCUUGGAUAAGUAGCAAUUGUCGUGAUAGUUUUGGUCGAUUUUCAUUGGUGAAAAAUCUAUCCAAAUAUAUUCAAGUUGAUAUUUUUGGAAAAUGUGGGUUGAACCGGUGUCCUAUGGGCAUACACAAACUUCAAUCUCCUGACUGCUCACUCAAGCUAAGGAAGUACCGAUUCUAUUUGGCUUUUGAGAAUAGCCGCUGUGUGGAUUACAUCACUGAAAAAUAUUGGCAAAAUGCUUUGGACAACGAACUGGUCCCUGUCGUAAUGGGAGGCGCUGACUACGAGAAUAUUGCAGUCCCGGGUUCAUACAUAAAUGUGAACGAUUUUGAGUCAGUAAAACAAUUAGCAGAUUAUUUAAUGCACUUAGCUGCUAACGCCGAUGACUAUAACAACUAUUUCAAGUGGAAAACGCGGUUCAAGCUUGAUACGCCAUAUUUACAUGGGUGCUCUAUCUGCGCCGCUCUUAACAGCAACAAAGGUAAUAAAACUAAGGUUUAUCCAAGUUUGCAUAAGUACUGGAAAGAAGGAAAAUGUUUUGGGAGAAUAAGCCUACUCUGAUCAUUAUUUGACAAUAAA